AUGGAUACCGUAAUGGAAUUCGCCGACUCGCGGCAUCUACGGGGUUCGCUCGCAGUUCUCGUCGCAUCGUCGCUCGCACUGCUCCUCUAUCGCGUAGUCUGGCUUCCGUAUCGCCUCGUCGUCGCAUGCAAACGACAAAACAUUCCGUUCCUGCCGUUCCGGCCUCUCAUUGGCCAGAUUCCCGAGUUACAGUCGCAGUGGCAAGUCAAGGACCCCAUUUCGCCUGCCACGUCAGCACCGCUCGGCCCGGAAACGGUCACUCCAUUGCUAUGCGACUGGAUUUCCCGGUUCGGAACGGUGUUCGGAUUCGCUGCUGGCCCGCAACCCGCGCUGGUGCUUGCGGAUCCAGAUCUUGUGCAGCAGGUGCUCAUCGGACGGUCAGGAUGCUUCCACAAGAUGCCGGCCGUGCAACGCGCGCUGAGCUUCGUGGGAGACGGCUUGCCGUUUGUUGACGGAGAGGAGUGGCUGCGGCAGCGCAAGGUCGCCAAUCCUUCGUUCAGCCAUGGCGCCAUCAAGGUACUGGCGAUUCAGCCGUCAAUUUCGGAGAAUGCACGCGCCGCGCAUCGUCGACUCAAUAUUCAGAAGUCUUUCGAGCACGCUUCAGCGCUCUCCCUGUUUUACGACUUCAUUCUCCCCGUAUCCCAUUUUUCUUUCCCCUUCCUCCCCCUCCCCCCCUCCCUUCCGCAGCACGCACUUUCCGUGAUGAACCGCCAGGCGCGCAAGGGCGUUGCGCGGCUGCUGCAGCGAAUCGCACAAGAAGGGCAGAAGGCGGAAGAGCGCACGUCGCAAGGGGGGCGCGAGGUGGAGAUUCAGGAAGUGCUGUUCGCGGUCACUCUUGACGUCAUCGGCUUCAAACCCUUGCUCCUAUCCCCCCUCAACCCCUCUCUUCCGCGCGUCCCUCUCCCGCCCUUAAACCCGCUCAGACUCCUCCCGACGCCUGAGAACCGCACGCUGUGGGCGGUGGAGCAGCGGUUCCGGCAGCUGUUUGGGGAGCUGAUCGCGCGCAGGGCGCAGGGGGGCGCGCGGGAGGGCAUGGGGAGCGCGCAGGGGCACCUGGGGAAGGACAUUCUGGCAGCGCUGCUGGUGGCGGAGAUGAGGCGCGAGGAGGAGACCCGCGCUGCUGCUGCUGCUGCUGAUGGCAGUGGUGGUGCUACUGCUGGUGCUAGUGCUGGUGGUGCUGUGUUGUCUGCUGCUUUGGUGAACAGAGUCGUGAACCAGUGUGCUACACUCAUCAUGGCUGGCCACGAGUCAGUGGCGGUGCUGGUGAUGUGGAGCAUGUACCUGCUGGCCCGCCACCCGCACUGGCAGCACCGGCUCCGAUCCGAGGUGGUGCACGUGGUGGGGGUUGGAGGAGGAAUGGAAGCGAGGGAGGCGGGGAUAGUUAAGAUGAACGAGGAGGCUGAGAAGGAUGACGAGACUGUGCAGGAUGAUGGAGCAGAGAGCAGCAGUAGCAGCAGUAGCAGCGACAGCGGUGACAGCAGUAGUGGUGGCGGCGGCAGUGACGAUGGCACGGACAGUGACAGUGAGAGUGACGCCAGUAGCAGCGACAGCACAGCCAGGGCGAGACAUAGUUCCCAUCAAGACUGCAAGGUUAUGGCAGCCGAGACGCAAGCAGCGGAGGCACGAGAAGCAGACACUAGAGCAACAGAUGCAAGCAGGGCGGAGAUCACAUGGGAGCAGGCGGGGCAGCUGAAGGACAUGCACAUGGUGCUGCUGGAAACACUCCGCCUCUUCCCCCCGGUGCCUGUCGUAACACGCACGAGCAAGCAGGACGUGCGCAUCGGCCCCUACGUCAUUCCCAAGGGCGUCGACCUGUUUCUGCCUGUCGGGUGCUUGCACGCUGACGAGCGGUAUUGGGGGCCCGAUGCGCGUGAAUUCAAGCCCGAGAGGUUCCAAGACGGACAGCAAGCAGCCUGCUCACACCCGCAGGCCUUCAUCCCUUUCUCCAGUGGUCCACGAGAUUGUGUUGGAGCCAUAGCUGUAGACUCCGCUUCCGCCUCCCGCAAGAGCGCGCUUGCGGAGCUCGCUGCGCACCGCGCCAGCCGCCAGUCCGGUUCCGCUCCGCCUCCUGUCGUCGGCGACGAUGUCGGCGACCAGGGCGACCAGGCUGUGCGACGCAAGCGACGGAUCGACACGUUCGAGCUGAAGGAGGAGGAUCGCCUGUACGACGUCGUCGACGAGUCGGAGUACCAAAAAAUCGUCGCACAGCGUCGCGCAGCGGGCGAGAACUUCGUCGUGGACGACAACGGGCUGGGGUAUGCGGACACGGGGCUGGAGGACUCGGCCAAACCGGAUUCCGCCGAGGCAGGCCAGGCGCCGAAGCUGCAUGCUAGGCUCGGGGCGCUGGCUCAGGAGGAGAACGCGUCUGCGGCUUGGACGGCUGUAGCAGGGCAAACGGCUGUAGCGGGAAGUGCGGCUGUCGCAGGGUCAGAUGCGCCAGUGAACGUGGAGGGGCUUCCCCUGGACGCGGAUGGGAAGCUUCCGUUCUUCUUCCUAGACGCGGUGGAGGAGUCUUAUGGCGCGCUUCAGGGCACGGUGUUCCUGUUUGGCAAGGUGCCUGUAAAGCAAGCCACCGGCACCAGCAACCCCAGCAGCAGCGGGGCGUACGUGAGCUGCUGCGUGGGCGUGCAGGGCAUGCAGCGGUGCGUGUUCGCCGUGCCUCGCGAGGGGCUGUUUGAAGACCCUCAGCUGGCCGUGCUGGAGGCGGAGGAGCAGCAGGCUAGAGAGGAGGACGCGGGGAAAGGGAAGGGCAAGGGCGGUGGGGCCAAGGGUGGCGGGAGCAGUGGUGGGAAGGGCGAGGAGGAGUCGGAGAGAGUGAAGGCUGCCCGACUUAAGAAGAUGCGCAAGCUGCAUGUAAGUUGCGUGAGAGGGGUGCGUGGGAUUGAGAUCCGGGAAGGGCGCUCACGGACAAGCCCUUAUAGCUCGUCCUCCCUCUCUUUCCCACCUCCCCAUCCGCCCCACUCCCCACUUCCCCGUCUCCCCCAUCGCAUCACUUCCCCAUGCCCCCCACAUCUCCACAUUCCCACUUCCGCACUUCCCCACCUCCCAACCCCCUGGUUACCACAGGAGCUGGCUACGCCUCUUAAGGAGGAGAUUCGCCAGCGACUCAUGGAGCGCCACGUGUCCUCCUUCUGCAUGAUGCCUGUCAAGCGUUCAUACGCGUUUGAGAGGAAGGACAUUCCACGAGGCGAGCAGUAUGUGCUCAAGAUCACAUACCCUUACUCGGAUUCCCCUCUGCCUUCCGACCUCACAGGCACGCACUUCAGUGCUCUGCUAGGCACUCACACCAGGGUGGAGGUAUCAGUGGCGUCACCCAAGCUGGUGGCGCCAGCAGCAGCAGAGAGCGACCCUCCGCCCCUGGUGGUGGCGUCUCUGAACGUGAAAACAGUGGUGAACCAUAACAAGAACGUCAACGAGGUCGCUGCUGUCUCUGUGGUCUUCUGCCGCAACGCCAAGGUUAGUUGUGCGGUGCUGUGUGGUGCCAUGCGCGCGAAGACGGUGGUGAGUUACGGCAAGAAUGCGAACGAGUUCGUUGCUGUCUCCAUGGUCUUCUGCCGCAAUGCCAAGGUGAGCCGGUACGAGAGGGAGCUGCUGAGCUAUCUGCUAGCGCGAAUGGGGCGGCUGGAUGCUGACGUCAUCAUAGGCCACGGGCUGGCGGCGUUUGACCUCACUGUGCUGCUGCAGCGCAUGCAGGUGGGCGCUCAGCGCACCCAGAUGCCAAAGCUAGGGGGCGGCCCGGGUAGCAGCUGGGGCGGUGGAGGGGCGGCGCCGGGCCUGCUGUCAGCUGUGGCCGGGCGGCUGCUGAUCGACACGAGCGUUUCGUCCCGAGAGAUACUGCCGAAGGAAGUGAGCCACUCGCUGUCGGCGCUGGCGGCGAGUCAGCUGGGGCAGACGAGGAGGGAGGUGGCUGCGGCUGAGGUGCCAGGCAUGUAUGGCAGCAGCGAAUCUCUCAUGAAGCUGGUAAGUUCCGCGGACAGAGGUGGUGUUUACUUGACACGGAGGGAGGUGGCUGCUGCUGAGUUGCCGGGCAUGUAUGACAGCAGCGAAUCCCUCAUGAAGCUGGAUAGCCCUCAGCUGGGGCACACGCGGAGGGAGGUGGCUGCUGCUGAGGUGCCGGGCAUGUAUGGCAGCAGCGAAUCUCUCAUGAAGCUGGUGAGUGGCGACAGAGGUGGCGUUUACUUGCUGGGGCACACGCAGAGGGAGGUGGCUGCGGCUGAGGUGCCGGGCAUGUAUGGCAGCAGCGAGAGCCUCAUGAAGCUGACAGACGCGUGGCUGGCCCUCUCGCUCAUGUUUCAACUCUCCGUGCUGCCACUGCUACUCUUGCUCUCCCUCGUUCCCCUCUUUGCCCCUCACUCCCCUCUCCCCCCCUUUACACCCUCCCUCUCUCCGUCUUUGCAGGUGGGGUUGGUGGAGACAGACGCAUGGCUGGCCCUCUCCCUCAUGUUCCACCUCUCCGUGCUGCCACUCUCGCGCCAGCUCACCAACCUCAGUGGCAACCUCUGGAAUCGCACCCUACAGGGAUCCCGGGCCCAGCGAAUCGAGUACCUCCUGCUGCACGAAUUCCACCGCCGGAAGUUUAUGCUGCCCGACAAGCUGACCUCAAAAGAAAAAGAGGCUGCAGCCUCAUCCGCAGCCACUGCUGCCACAGCCUCGGGCAAGAAAAAGAAGCGCAAAGGAGCGGGAGGGAGCGGCGGGGAGAAGCAAGAAAAGGCAGCAGGAGGAGGAGGAGCAGGAGAGGAUACCACGGCCAUACGGGGGUUGGAAGGGGGAGAGGAAGAAGAGGGGGAAGAUGAAGAUGCUCCUGAGGGCACCGAGGGAGUAGCGGGAGGAGCGAGGGGAAAGAAGGGAGGUGGGGGAGGCGGAGGAGGGGGUGGUGAGGGGGGGAAGAAGAAGGGGCCGGGGUACGCGGGGGGGUUGGUGCUGGAGCCAAAGCGAGGGCUGUAUGAUAAGAUAGUGGCACUGCUGGAUUUCAACAGCCUGUAUCCGUCCAUCAUCCGCGAGUACAACAUCUGCUUCACCACUGUGGCUUGCCCGGACGACCCUGCUUCGCUGCCCCAGCUGCCCGACCCCGACCCCCCUGGGGUGCUGCCAGAGGUGCUGGGCAUGUUGGUGCAGAGGAGGCGGCAGGUGAAGGAUAUGCUCAAGAGGGAGAGCGACCCGGAUGAGCGGCAGCGCCUGGACAUCCGCCAACAAGCGCUCAAGCUCACUGCCAACAGGGUGCUGUCACAGGCGCUCAAGCCAACUGCCAACAGUUCAGAUGUGGUUGCACAUCAUGAUGCCGCCACCCCCCCUGUACCUCUCCUUCCCUGCUUUCCUGCCUCUCUCCCCCCUCUCACUGCCAUUCCUUUUCUACAGGGUCAUGACAUCCUGCAGAGCACAGUGGAUCUGGUGCAGAACAACCUGAACCUGGAGGGUCGUGACAUCCUGCAGAGCACAGUGGAUCUGGUGCAGAACAAUCUCAACCUAGAGGUGAUAUACGGCGACACGGUCUCCCUCAUGAUCAACACCGCCCUCACCUGCCCUCGGCCCCUCCUUUCCUGUCUGCCCUUCCACUGCCUCCCUAUCAUGCAGGGUCGGGACAUCCUUCAGAGCACGGUGGAUCUGGUACAGAACAACCUUAAUUUAGAAGUGAUUUAUGGUGACACGGAUUCCAUCAUGAUCAACACUGGGCUUGACGACCCCAGCCACGCCAUUGCCAUCGCCCACCGCGUGAAGAAAGAGGUCAACAAGCGGUAUAAACUCUUGGAAAUAGAGAUGGACGGGCUGUUCCGCAGCAUGCUGCUGCUCAACAAGAAGAAGUACGCCUCUGUCAAGCUGGUUCUGGGGCCCAGCGAGCCCCCUAAGGUGCUGCGAGAGGUGCCCGAGCACAAGGGGCUGGACAUUGUUCGGCGCGACUGGAGCGUGCUGUCCAAGGAGAUCGGCGCCUUCUGCCUCAACCAGAUUCUCUCCGGCAGGUACCCCCCCAAGGUGCUGCGCGAGGUGCCCGAGCACAAGGGGCUGAACAUCGUGCGGCGCGACUGGAGUGUCCUGUCCAAGGAGAUCGGCGCCUUCUGCCUCAACCAGAUUCUCUCUGGCAGCCCGUCGAGGACGACUUUUGAGGCGCCUCAAAAGUCGUCCGGGCCGCAGGAGGUGCUGUGUUUUCUCUGUGCCCUAAUUAGGCAGCCCCUCGAGGUGCUGCGAGAGGUGGCUGAGCACAAGCUGGCUGCCAGGCUACGAGCAGGGGAGGUGGACCUAACAUCGUUUGUCAUCACCAAGACACUCACCAAGCCGCCUGCCGACUACCCGGACGCCAGCUCGCAGCCGCACGUGCAGGUGGCACUGCGGAGGAAGAAAGAGGGGCGCACGGAGGGGUGCAAUGCUGGGGACGCCAUUCCCUACGUUAUUGCUGUGCCACGGCCACACGUGCAGGUGGCGCUGCGGAGGAAGGAGGGGCGGACGGAGGGGUGCAAUGCGGGAGACUCCAUUCCAUACGUCAUUGCCGUGCCAAGGGUAGGUGCGGUGGCGGUGCUGUCACACCAGGUGGGUUGCGGUGCUGUCACACCAGGUGGGUUGCGGUGCUGUCACACCAGGUGGGUUGCGGUGCUGUCACACCAGGUGGGUUGCGGUGCUGUCACACCAGGUGGGUUGCGGUGCUGUCACACCAGGUGGGUUGCGGUGCUGUCACACCAGGUGGGUUGCGGUGCUGUCACACCAGGUGGGUUGCGGUGCUGUCACACCAGGUGGGUUGCGGUGCUGUCACACCAGGUGGGUUGCGGUGCUGUCACACCAGGUGGGUUGCGGUGCUGUCACACCAGGUGGGUUGCGGUGCUGUCACACCAGGUGGGUUGCGGUGCUGUCACACCAGGUGGGUUGCGGUGCUGUCACACCAGGUGGGUUGCGGUGCUGUCACACCAGGUGGGUUGCGGUGCUGUCACACCAGGUGGGUUGCGGUGCUGUCACACCAGGUGGGUUGCGGUGCUGUCACACCAGGUGGGUUGCGGUGCUGUCACACCAGGUGGGUUGCGGUGCUGUCACACCAGGUGGGUUGCGGUGCGGUCACAGCAAGUGCACUGGUGUGCUGUCAGACUCAAUGCCGAGUUCAAGGUGAAGAGGCAGGCGGAGGUGUUUAUAUCGCAGUAUUACGAUGCAUGGAUGCAGGUAGGCCAUGCUAUGCUACGCUAUGCGGUAGAUUGA